CUAGCUGUCAGUUUUAUUUAGAACCGGAUGUUGUCUUCUGGGCGGCACUGGCAACGCUUGUAAAGCUCGGCUGAGCUUCUCUGUACACUAGUGAUCCCAUUAUCAUCCCCAUCUAACUGGGCAGCCAGGAUCGUAUUGUCUCCUAGAGACGCAAACAGUUGAGUACCUUUUGGGGAAGCCCACCCCCGAGCGGCCACCAUGGGGGAUGAUAGCGAGUGGAUAAAGCUUCCCAUCGACCAGAAAUGUGAACACAAGGUGUGGAAAGCCCGUCUGAAUGGUUAUGAAGAAGCUCUGAAGUUGUUCCAGAAGAUAGGGGAUGAGAAGAGUCCAGAGUGGGGGAAGUACCUGGGACUGAUAAAGAAGUUUGUCACUGACUCUAAUGCUGUGGCUCAGCUUAAAGGUCUGGAGGCUGCCCUGGCCUUCAUUGAAAAUGCCCAUGUAGCUGGCAAGACGGCAGGUGAGGUGGUGUCUGGCGUGGUGACCAAAGUGUUCAACCAGCCAAAGGCCCGCGCUAAGGAGCUAGGCACAGACAUCUGUCUGAUGUACAUUGAGAUAGAGAAGGCUGAGGUGGUUCAAGACGAGCUGCUCAAAGGACUGGACAACAAGAACCCCAAGAUUGUGGUGUCCUGCAUCGAGACACUCAGGAAGGCUCUCAGUGAGUUUGGAUCCAAGAUCAUCACUUUGAAACCAAUAGUGAAGAUUUUAUCCAAGCAGUUUGAGUCCAGGGAGAAGGCGGUAAGAGAUGAAGUCAAGCUGCUUGCUGUAGAGAUCUACAAAUGGAUCCGGGAUGCUCUGAGACCACCACUGCAAAACAUUACCUCUGUACAGCUGAAGGAGCUGGAGGAAGAGUGGGUGAAGCUGCCUUCAUCUCCUCCCAAGCAGACCAGGUUCUUGCGCUCACAGCAGGACUUGAAGGCCAAGUUUGAACAGCAACAAGCCCACGCUGGAGACCAGUCUGAUGGAGAGGAUGAGGAGGAAACAGUGGCAGCAGUGGAUCCUUAUGAACUACUGGAAGCCGUGGAGAUUCUGUCCAAGAUGCCCAAAGACUUCUACGACAAAAUAGAAGCUAAAAAGUGGCAGGAGAGGAAAGAAGCUCUGGAGGCUAUAGAGGCUCUGACAAAGAACCCCAAACUAGAGAAUGGAGACUAUGGAGACCUUGUCAGAGCUCUGAAGAAGGUGGUGGGAAAAGAUGCCAAUGUGAUGCUGGUGACGGUGGCAGCUAAAUGUCUGGCUGCACUGGCCUCUGGGCUCAGGAAGAAGUUUGGAACAUAUGCAGGACAAGUGGUUCCCACUGUUCUGGAGAAGUUCAAGGAGAAGAAGCCUCAGGUUGUCCAGGCCCUGCAGGAGGCUAUUGAUGCCAUCUUCCUCACCACCACUCUUCAGAACCUGUCGGAGGACAUCCUGGCUGUGAUGGACAAUAAGAAUCCCUCCAUUAAGCAGCAGGCCUCUCUGUUUCUGGCCCGCUCCUUCAGACACUGCACACAGGCAACGCUGCCCAAGAGCGUCCUCAAACCCUUCUGUGCUGCUCUCAUCAAGCAAGUGAAUGACUCUGCUCCAGAGGUGCGUGACGCUGCCUUUGAAGCUUUGGGGACGGCCAUGAAAGUGGUGGGAGAGAAAGCUGUGAACCCUUUCCUGUCUGAUUUGGAUAAACUCAAACUGGAUAAGAUAAAGGAGUCAGCUGAUAAAGUGGAGCUCGCUGGAGGGAAGAAGGGUGCAGGAGGAGGAGGGGAAAAGAAGCCAGCAGCUAAAGCUCCUCCCCCUGCUGAAGCUCCACCCAAAUCCUCUGCCCCACCCAGAAAGACCCAAACUGGUGCUGCCAGCAAGUCGUCAGCAGGUCCAUCUAAGAAAGGCAAACCAACCUGUGCAGUUGCUGGAAAAACCAAGAAGACCCCUGAGAGUAAAGAAUUCACAGAGACUGAACUCUCGAUUGAGGUGUGUGAGGAGCGGGCAGCAGGUGUACUUCCUGCCUCCUGUGUACAGCUGCUGGACUCAGCCAACUGGAAGGAGAGACUGGCUAGUAUGGAGGAGUUCCAGAGGGCUGUGGAGACCAUGGAUAAGGUGGAGAUGCCCUGCCAGGCCUUAGUCAGGAUGUUGGCCAAGAAACCGGGCUGGAAGGAGACCAACUUCCAGGUGAUGCAGAUGAAGCUACACAUUGUUGCCCUUGUAGCUCAGAGAGGACAGUUUUCAAAGACGUCAGCCUUCGUGGUUUUGGAUGGCUUGGUGGAUAAGGUCGGAGACAUCAAAUGUGGUGGAAAGGCCAAAGAGGGAUUGACUGCUAUUGGAGAGGCUUGUUCACUGCCGUGGACUGCAGAACAGGUUGUGUCUAUGGCGUUUGCACAGAAGAACCCCAAAAACCAGGCAGAGACUCUCAACUGGCUGGCUAAUGCCAUGAGGGAAUUUGGCUUUGCUGGUAUCAAUGUGAAGGGUUUCAUCAACAACGUGAAAACCGCUCUGGGAGCGACUAACCCUGCUGUUCGGACGUCUGCCAUCACCCUGCUGGGAGUCAUGUACCUCUACAUGGGAGCGCCUCUUCGCAUGUUCUUUGAAGAUGAGAAGCCUGCUCUCCUCUCACAGAUAGAUGCUGAGUUUGAGAAGAUGCAGGGCCAGUCUCCACCAGCUCCAAUAAGAUUUACCAAGAAGUCAGGGGCUGUGGAGGAGGGUGAUGAAGGAGAGGAGCCAGAAGAAGAUGGAGGAGGAGGAGGAGGAGGAGGAGGAGGAGGAGGAGGACAGGACAUCAUGGACCUACUGCCCAGAACAGAUAUCGGUGACAAAAUUACAUGUGAUCUGGUGUCUAAAAUCGGAGAUAAGAACUGGAAAAUCAGGAAGGAGGGCCUGGACGAGGCUGCAGCCAUCAUCUCCGAGGCAAAGUUCAUCACCGCCAACAUCGGAGACCUGCCUAUGGCCCUGAAAGGACGACUCGGCGACUCCAACAAGAUCCUGGUCCAGCAGGCCCUGACUCUCCUGCAGCAGCUGUCUACAGCCAUGGGACCUGGACUGAAGCAGCAUGUUAAGGCACUUGGAAUCCCUAUUGUCACUGUGCUGGGAGACAGCAAGCCUAAUGUAAGGGCGGCUGCCAUGACCACUCUCCAGGCCUGGGUGGAGCAGACUGGGAUGAAGGAGUGGCUGGAAGGAGAAGACCUGUCAGAGGAGCUCAAAAAAGAGAAUCCUUUCCUAAGACAGGAGCUCCUAGGCUGGUUAGCAGAGAAGUUGCCGACCCUGAGGACAGUCCCUGGGGACCUGAUGCUGUGUGUCCCUCAUCUCUAUGCCUGUCUGGAGGACAGAAACGGAGAUGUGAGGAAGAAAGCUCAGGAUGCCCUGCCUACCUUCAUGAUGCACCUGGGCUACGACAAGAUGGAAAAGGCGGCUGGGAAACUCAAAUCUGCCUCUAAGGAUCAGGUGUUAGCUAUGUUGGAAAAGGCCAGAGCUGUGAUGCCAGCUAAACCUGCUCCUCCAGCCAAAAAUGGAGGGGGAAAAGGCUCUGCAGAGCCAAGCAGAGCUGCUUCAGCCUCCAGGCAGCCGGCUAGUGAGGACGUUGUUGACAAUAAACCUGAAGUUAAGAAGGUCCGGGGAGGAGUGGCCGGAAAGAAGCCUUCCUCCCCUCCCGAGGAACCUGCCCCUUCCUCCAAGGACAAGGACAGUAAUGCUAGUAAAAAGCUCCCCAGCAAAGGGAAGGCUGCUGCUAGCAGUCAACAGGGUGCAGCUGGUAAGAAGCCUGCAGCCAAAAGCCAGAAGGAUGAUGAAGAUAGGUCCGGGCCGAUCUUCAUCCUCAUCGCCAAUGCUAAGGAACAGAGGAUCAAGGACGAGAAGCAACUGAAGAUUUUGAAAUGGAACUUCACCACCCCUCGAGAUGAAUAUUUGGAGCAGCUGAAAACUCAGAUGUCCACCUGCUUUGCUAAGUGGCUGCAGGAUGAGCUCUUUCACUUUGACUUCCAGAGACACGUCAAGGCUAUAGGAGUCAUGAUUGAGCGGUUGGAGAGCGAGAGCGACGCCACCAUUGGCUGUCUGGACCUGAUUCUGAAAUGGUUCACCCUGCGGUUCUUUGACACCAACACCACAGUCCUGAUGAAGGUGCUGGAGUAUCUAAAGCUCAUGUUUGCCAUGCUGAACAGAGAGAACUACCAUUUGACUGAGUACGAGGCCAACUCCUUUGUCCCCUACCUCAUACUCAAGGUGGGAGAGCCAAAGGAUGUGGUUCGCAAAGAUGUUCGGGCCAUACUGACCAUGCUGUGUAAGGUUUACCCAGCAUCCAAGGUCUUCCCCUUCCUCAUGGAUGGAACCAAGUCCAAGAACUCGAAACAGAGAGCUGAAUGUCUGGAGGAGUUGGGUUGUUUGAUAGAGGGCUACGGAAUGAAUGUAUGUCAGCCGACUCCAGCUAAAUCUCUGAAGGAGAUUGCCAUUCACAUCGGUGACAGAGACACAUCUGUCCGCAACGCUGCCCUGAACACUGUGGUGGCUGUCUACAACGUCUGUGGGGACCAAGUCUACAAACUAAUAGGAAAUUUGUCGGAGAAAGACAUGAGCAUGCUGGAGGAGAGAAUCAAGCGUUCAGCCAAGAAGACUGUUGCAGCUCCUGCCAAGCCGAGUGCGACAGAGAGGUCUCAGAAAGAGCACCCAACUAACCCCAACGCCACAUUCCUCCGCAAGCCUUUACAGGACGACCCCAACAAACUCAAAUUAAUGUAUCGCACUUAUAGGAUCCAAGCCCGUCAGAACGCCCAGCACAGCGAGUCCUCCCACCCGUCCAUCCCCAAGGAGUUUCAGCUGGACCUGGACAUGAUUGAAAUGGACCAGAACAGAGUGUGUGAGCUGCCGGACCUCGUCCAACACAAGCUGGACGAACUGCUGGAGCCCAUCAUGAUCCCUGAACCCAAGAUGCGCGCAAUCUCUCCACACUUUGAUGACCUCCACAACAGCACGUCCUCCACCAUCAACUUUGUCAUCUCUCAGGUGGCUAGCGGUGACAUUAACAACAGCAUACAGGCACUGGCACAGAUCGACGAGGUGUUGCGGCAGGAGGACAAAGCAGAAGUCAUGUCUGGACAUAUCGAUCAGUUCCUCAUCGCUACCUUUAUGCAGCUGAGGCUCAUCUACAGCACGCACAUGGCUGACGACCGGCUGGACAAGAGGGACAUCAUCAAACUGUACAGCUGCAUCAUAGGAAACAUGCUAUCUUUGUUCUCUAUGGAGUCCUUAGCCAGAGAGGCAUCUAUGGGUGUGUUGAAGGACCUAAUGCACGGUUUGAUAACACUGAUGCUGGAUGCCAGAGUGGAGGACAUAGAAGAUGGACAGCAGGUCAUCAGAUCCGUCAACAUGCUGGUAACCAGAGUGCUGGAGAAGUCUGACCAGACCAACGUGAUCAGUGCUCUGCUGGUUUUGCUCCAGGACAGUUUAGUCACGACAGCCCCUACCAUGUUCUCUGAGCUCAUCAUGAAGUGUCUGUGGAGGAUCAUCCGCUUUCUCCCAGAGACCAUCGACAGCAUAAACCUGGAUCGGAUCUUGCUGGACGUCCACAACUUCAUGAAGGUCUGUCCCAAAGAGAAACUCAAGCAGCUCAAGGGCGACGUCCCCCACAGAACCCUCAAGACUCUGCUACACACACUGUGCAAGCUCAAGGGGGCCGAGAUCCUAGACCACCUAUCAAUGAUAGAGAAUCGUAAUGAGUCAGAGUUGGAGGCCCAUCUGAGGCGGGUGGUCAAACACUCUGGAAACCUAUCAGGACUCAAGAGUGACCGUGGCAACGAGAAGACUGGUCUGCGAACGGAGGAUCGGAUGUCAAAGGCAAAGGUCAGUGACAUUCUGUCUGAGAUCUUCAAGAAGAUCGGCUCCAAGGAGAACGCUAAAGAGGGUUUGACGGAGUUGUACGAGUACAAACAGAAGUACUCGGAUGCAGACCUGAAGCCCUAUCUCAAAAACACAUCCCAGUUCUUCCAGAGCUACGUUGAGCGAGGCCUUCGUAUGAUCGAGUCUGAAAGAGAGGGCAAGGCCCGCACCCAGACCUCCGCAGUGAUCCCUCAGCAUGGCGUGGACUUCAGUCUGAGCAGCAACAAUGAAGAGGUAAAACCAGCUGUUUACUAUGAGAGACUCAAGAUCCUCAGACAGAGACAAGGCCUGGAAAACACCUCCAGGCAGGGUGUCGGAGGAAGCGAGGACGAGCCUCAGCAGCGACCGCCCAUCUCCUCCCUGCUGUCCUCUAAGCCGUCGGUGGCCUCCUCCACCGACAUGCUCCACAGUAAGCUGUCUCAGCUCAAAGAGUCCCGAGAGUUGUACCAGCAGGAACACAACGCACACUCCCAUUCCCCGACGCAUGCGCACACCCGCUCGGCGUCACCGGCUGCCAACCUGGACGACCUGAAGAAGCGUCUGGAGAGGAUAAAGAGCAAACGGCAGUAAGGAGCGCCGCGUCACGAACCUCAUCCGCAAAGCCUGCGGAGUUCAGCUGGUAGUAGAAAAUAAAAACAUCCUCCUUUUUAACCCGUUCUGUGUUUAUAUUCAUGUUUUGGUGGAUGGAAAUAGAAAGCACUUGGACACUAAAGCUCACCCCUCUAUCAGCAACCUAGGUAGCAGCAGACAAAACUCGCCGCCCCCCCCCAAGUUUGAACCUGACUCCACCCACUGUGCCUGCGAGUUAUUAGACAUCAAAUGCACCCAAAUCUGAUUGUUGUUGAGUACAUUCAGACUGAAGCAAGGCUGUGACUGGGGUUUUCAGCCUCUACACACACACACA